ACUAGAACAUUCUAGCUUGCUAGCUACUGUACUUGGUUGUGGAAUCGUGCUUACAUUAAAUCAUCACGUCACGACAAAUCCGGUUGUCUAAUCCAAGAUGGCGGCGCUCGUGGGGCUUCGUGCAUGUCUCUCCGCCUUUCAGCUCUCCUCACCAGGUCUACUAAACAGCUCUUUUAAACUGUGUACUGUGCCACUUAGUAGACGGACCUUUGCAGCAGAAGCCAAGAAAACCUAUGCGAGAGACAAGCCUCAUGUGAACAUUGGCACUAUUGGUCAUGUUGACCACGGCAAGACCACGCUAACGGCUGCCAUUACCAAAGUGCUGGCGGAGGCUGGAGGAGCUCGCUACAAGAAGUAUGAGGACAUUGACAAUGCUCCUGAGGAGAAGGCUCGCGGCAUCACGAUCAAUGCUUCCCAUGUGGAGUAUACCACAGCCAACAGACACUACGCACACACUGACUGCCCUGGCCAUGCUGACUAUGUCAAGAACAUGAUCACAGGCACCUCUCAGCUGGACGGGUGUAUCCUGGUGGUAGCUGCCACAGAUGGCCAGAUGCCACAGACACGAGAGCACCUCCUGCUGGCCAGGCAGAUCGGCGUGGAGCACGUGGUGGUGUUUGUGAACAAGGCCGAUGCUGUGGAAGACAAGGAGAUGCUGGAGCUGGUGGAGCUGGAGAUCAGGGAGCUGCUCACUGAGUUUGGCUAUGAUGGUGAAAACACGCCGGUCAUCAUCGGCUCCGCCCUGUGUGCUCUUGAGAGCAGGCAACCUGACCUGGGGGUAAAUGCUGUGAUGCAGCUGCUGGAUGUGGUGGAUAACUAUGUCCCUCUGCCUAAAAGAGAGCUGGAUAAACCGUUCCUGCUGCCUAUAGAGGGCGUCUACUCUAUCCCAGGCAGAGGCACGGUGGUGUCAGGCACUCUGGAGAGGGGGGUUAUCAAGAAGGGGGAUGAGUGUGAGUUUGUUGGACACAAUCGAGUCUUCAAGUCUGUGGUAACAGGUAUUGAGAUGUUCCACCAAUCCCUGGACCGGGCUGAGGCCGGGGACAACCUGGGUGCUCUAGUCCGGGGCGUUAAGAGAGAGGACAUGAGGAGGGGCAUGGUCAUGAGCAAACCUGGCUCUAUUCAGCCCCACCAGAAGGUCAAGGCCCAGGUGUAUGUUUUAAGUAAGGAGGAAGGAGGGAGACACAAGCCGUUUGUCACCAACUUCAUGCCUGUCAUGUUCUCUCUGACCUGGGACAUGACUUGCAGGGUGACCCUACCAGGAGACAAGGAGAUGGUGAUGCCUGGAGAAGACACCUCUCUCACACUCACUCUUCGCCAGCCGAUGGUUCUGGAAAAGGGUCAGAGAUUCACUCUGAGAGAUGGAAACAAAACCAUCGGCACAGGUCUGGUCACAGACAUAUUGACGAAAACAGACGAUGAUAAUGCCAACUGGGGUUGAGAGAAGAGAGGGAAAGGGUUGGCUCUGGUGUGGUGGGUGGGUGGGUGGGUGGGUGGGGGUUAUAGUAGGGAAGGGGGGAAUAUAUCUGUGUAAUUACUCUUCAGGCAAACACGCAAAUUCAAAUAUAUUGCAGAUUAGAGCUUGUAAGACAUUCUGGCUCUGCUGUAAUUACUUACCAAAAGGAAGGACCUAGGAUUAGAUGUUCCGCAUUAGUCUUUCUGUGAAAAGGCCUGAAUUGCUGUCCUGACCUGCUUGCAUUGUCACUUGUGUAAUAAAAUGUGUUGAAUAAUAA